GCAGUCUCGUAGCCCGUGCGGCAACUGUUGCACCUAAAACUAAAUAUACCUACUUGAAUAGAUACCGGACUAUUGACAUUUGACGGGCAGUGUGCCGUUCAUUGUGCUCCAGUAAUAAUACAUGUUUGGUCUCUCAUCUGCGAUCAAUUGAGCGGUAGAUAUGGCGGAAGACGACAACUUCAACGACGAUGCCAGUGAUCUCAAUACGAAAUUUGGGUUAAGGUUACGCGGCAGGAAAGGUGCGCUGAAAAAGAAAAACGUCUACAACAUCAAAGACCAUCGGUUCAUCCCCAGGUUCUUCAAGCAGCCAACGUUCUGUUCGCAUUGCAAGGAUUUCAUUUGGGGAUUCGGCAAACAAGGAUAUCAGUGUCAAGUUUGUAGUUUCGUUGUACAUAAGAGAUGUCACGAGUAUGUUUCCUUCACCUGUCCAGGAGCUGAUAAAGGAGCUGAUUCAGAUGACACAAGAACGCGACAUAAUUUUAAGGUGCAUACAUAUUCAUCUCCUACAUUUUGUGACCAUUGCGGGUCAUUACUUUACGGCGUUUUACAUCAAGGAAUGAAAUGCACAGCAUGUGAUAUGAACGUUCAUAAAAGAUGUGAAGAGAGCGUCCCCAAUCUUUGCGGUUGUGAUCACACUGAAAGAAGAGGAAGGAUCCAGUUGAAAAUCAACUGUACGGGAAGCAAGUUGACCGUCGAAGUAUUACAAGGGAAAAACCUGAUCCCAAUGGACCCGAACGGUCUGAGCGAUCCGUACGUAAAACUCAAGCUGAUUCCUGAUUCGGACAAUGUCAAAAAGAAAACGAGGACUAUCAAAGCGUGUCUCAAUCCUGUUUGGAAUGAAACUUUGACUUUCGAGCUGAAAUCUGAGGACAAAGAUCGUCGUCUUCUUAUCGAAAUCUGGGAUUGGGACCGGACAUCAAGGAACGAUUUUAUGGGUUCCCUGUCAUUUGGGAUUUCUGAAAUUUUAAAAUCACCUGCCGAUGGCUGGUUCAAACUACUUACACAAGAAGAAGGUGAAUUUUAUAAUGUGCCAGUACCAGAGGAGGGAGUUGACAUGGUAACGAUUAAGAAUCAGCAAAGGACGAAAUCUAUUAUUAAAAAACCGUCGUUGUUGGUAGAUAAAGAUGUGCCACACAAUAUGGGAAAGAAGGAUAUGAUCAGGGCUACGGAUUUCAAUUUCCUUAUGGUUUUGGGCAAAGGUUCGUUUGGAAAGGUAGUAUUAGCAGAAAGAAAGGGCACCGAUGAACUGUAUGCUAUAAAAAUUUUGAAGAAAGACAUUAUCAUUCAAGAUGAUGACGUGGAAUGUACGAUGGUUGAAAAACGAGUGUUGGCACUUUCCAAUAAACCUCCAUUCCUAGUACAGCUGCAUUCUUGUUUUCAGACAAUGGAUCGAUUAUAUUUUGUCAUGGAGUACGUGAACGGUGGAGAUUUGAUGUUUCAAAUACAACAGUUUGGGAAAUUCAAGGAGCCGGUCGCUGUGUUUUAUUCAGCCGAAAUAGCUAUCGGAUUGUUCUACUUACAUGCACGAGGAAUACUCUAUCGCGAUUUGAAAUUGGACAACGUACUCUUGGAUCAAGACGGACAUAUCAAGAUAGCUGAUUUCGGGAUGUGCAAAGAAGGGAUCAAUGGUGAUAAGUCGACGAAGACGUUUUGCGGAACUCCGGAUUAUAUUGCACCCGAGAUAAUACUAUAUCAGCCCUACGGUAAAUCAGUAGAUUGGUGGGCAUAUGGAGUUUUGUUGUAUGAAAUGCUGAUUGGUCAACCUCCAUUCGACGGGGAAGAUGAGGAGGAGUUAUUUGCAGCAAUAACAGAUCACAACGUCAGUUAUCCGAAGGGAUUAUCAAAAGAAGCUAAGGAAGUUUGUAAAGGACUUCUAACCAAGAACCCCGCCAAGCGACUAGGAUGCGGGCCACGUGGAGAAGAAGAUGUGCGGGGUCAUGCAUUUUUCAGAAGAAUCGAUUGGGAUAGAAUUGAAAACCGGGAAGUGCAACCACCAUUCAAACCAAAAAUUAAACAUCGCAAAGAUGUCAGCAACUUCGACAAACAGUUCACAUCCGAGAAAACCGACUUGACACCGACGGAUAAAUUAUUCAUGAUGAACCUGGAUCAAACAGAAUUCAUGGGUUUUUCAUUCCUCAACCCUGAAUUCGUCCAACACGUCUAAUCUUAGGUGAAUAAUUUAAAUUUCCAGAAGCAAAUUAAUAUGUGAUUCGGUCAUUUGUUUUGAAAGAACCAAAACGAUGUUGAAUAAGCUGAAGGAAACAAAUUAUGACAUAUCCAAAAAACAAUAAUUACGAAAAUCUCGAGUCAUCUUCGGGAUUCUGAAAUAGAUGUACCAAUUUUCUUUGUAAAGGUUUUCGUUGUCGCUGAGGUUUUGUGAAUGGUAUGUGUAACAAUAAAAACGUAUUGCAUACCGACAAAUUUUUAAAUGUCCGAUGUUAUUGGAACCAUUAAUACAUUUGAAGAGUACCCACAAAUAGGAAUGAGAAUUGUUAAAUAUUUGAAAGAGUAACACAUAUUCACUUCUAUUUAUUGCCACUCCUGUAUAUUAUCUCACUCAUAUAUAUUAUAUAUGAUCUUAGUCCACUUUUCAUUCCUAACUGUUUAUAAUACUUGAAGUUUUUAUGGUACUCAAGUUCUUAGAGAAGCCGAAACAUUCCAACAACUUAACUGUGUUCUUUUCUAUAACUUACAUUCUAAUUUAAGUAAGUAGAUAUAGCAAUAACAUUCCUUAAGUAGUGUUAGUUUAAUUUAUAGGCUCACUGGCUGAAUUGCAUAUUGAAUUUGCAUGUGAUGAUCGAUAUAUUAGCGAUAUUAUACAAUGCCUCUCUCUAUUUUCUAAAUUUAACGCACUUAUUGUGUCGAUAAUGUAUAUGUAGUUAUUCACGUUAUAAUAUAUAUUUCUUACAGUUCUUCCAAAGUCACUGAAACGGUGAUAUUACUUAUAGGGUUGAUUGUAGAACCGAAAAAGUUCUUUCAUUGAAACUCGGAAACAUAUUCGACGCUUUUGUAUAAAUAGUGGCACUCGGUGUUGACAAAAGGUUUUUACUGAGCUGUUAAUUCACUGGAAUCGUUUCUUAUUCGAUUUUUCUGUAGUAAAUCCCACAUUUAUUUGAAGUUUUUGAGAUCAUCUUGAAACUUAAACCCACCCUUUGACGUUGCAACAAUUGGAAUGUAAUUGUGCGAUUUGUCUACCAUUUCAACAAAUGUAGCUUCUCAUAGUCUCAUUUUUUAUAAUACUAAACUCUACUACAAUAAAAAUAAGUUUUUUCCAAACAGCAUUAAUCAUCAGCAGUUAACAAGCAACUGAAUUCCAGUGGCCGGGUUUUGUAAUAGGCCAUUCGAAACAAACUUUAUGGAUAUGCGCAUUAUUGACUCUUAUUCUUAUUUCUAAAAGUUGAAUGUCUGGGAAAUUUCAAUUUAAGGACAGAAUCAAAAUAAAGGCUAAAAACAUUGAAAAUUUUCUUGACACUAGAGUCAUGAUUGACACUAGGAGAUAGACAGGGAUUGGUCCUAUAUUUUAUCUAAUUCAAUAAAAAGCUUCAUAUAACCUUUCGAAAUUACAUGACAAGUUAGAAUAGCCUUUCGGGAACAAGAACUUUGUUGGCGCAGUCGGUAGGAUUGAAAUAUUCCUGAAAUUAUUAGACACUUCCAGAAUAAAACUUCUUAACUCCUGAAAUCGAAUAUCAAAACUGAGACAGAAAAAUGUCCCGUUAUUCUUGAAAAUGUUCAUACUUCAAAUCCAUUAUUUUAUGACUUGUGGGUGUUCAUUUGAGCUUAUCAAAGUCUUUUUCGAUUUCGAUUUUGCUUUUCGUGUCCCCAUAUUGAAACUCAUUUUUCAAGAUCAAAAUAGUCGAGAAUUAUUUUGUCAAUGAUUCAAAAUUAUGUUUAAUUUUUCUUCAAGAGCAUUUUAAUGAGUAAACUAAUAAAUAUUACACACACUAUUGCUUUCAACUAUGUUAUUCUACCUUAUAUAUUGUGAAUAGGUUAAUCUGUCCCUGAUUUUUUUUUGUACCUAAUAUUCUUGGAAUAUUAUGUAUACUAUUUGUUUUGAUAAAUGGAAAAUCGUUAAAGAUAUUUAAAAUUCAGUUAUGUGUAUAAUUUUCUGUUAUAAUUCAUCGAUGAAACGAUAAAUUCGUCCAUUACGAAAAUAUUCUCAAUUAAAAAUCGCUUGCUAUAUUGAAAUUUCAAUACUUUUAAAUACAUUUUAAAGAGGCGAAAACACGAAAUAGGGUACAAUGAACUAUUGAUGCAUAUACAUUUAUAGUUCUGAAAAAUUUAUGGAUGCCCAUUUGUCCAUUUAUGAACAGUAUUUUUUUAUAAAUUCAACUUCAAAUAUCUCUUGAAUGUGGUCAAGUACAGCAUCGAUAUCUAUGCACAUGUAUAUUUCUCCACUCCACUCCAACAGAAAUACAAUAAUUUGAAAUUCAUGUAAACAUAAUCAAAAUAAUUAUUAACUAUUCAAUGGGAAUCUUUGUCAAUACCGUUUCAAAAUUCAGUCUGCUUAUUUUGAAAGACUCGCGUGGGUGAGUACAUGCUAGUUUUUGAUUAUUGAUAGAUUAGACAUAGGAUUUAGAUUCCAUAGAGGAAGGAAAUUUUCAUCCUUCGUUGAGUAAUCACUUUCUCUAACCAAGUGCCAACAAACUUUCACACAUUUCUGUAGCGAUUGUGUGAAUCUAGUCAUUAAAAAUUUGUAAGGAGUCUCAACCGGAAUCUGAGCAAUGUUUGGAAGUAUUAUGAUUUGUGAUCUUUGUGUAUUGAUUUUGUAUAAAGGCUUAUGAACCGUGAAACACUCGUUUAGAGAAAUAAGUAUACUUUGUAGUGCAACAGAUACUAAAAGGGAGUUUGCUGCUUGGAAGUGAGAUGAUUCUCAAACUCUGUUAUGUAGUGCGGACCUGAAUAGUCUUCCUUCCGUCUUUGGUUUUGAACGGAACAAGAUAUCAGGGUCGCACAAAAUUUACGUGAAAAGGUAUCAUUCUCAUUACUAAAUACAAUAGUUUUGCAUCACUCGUCGCCGAUAGGACGCUACCAUUUUUUUCUCAAAUAGGUUUUUCAAUUCUAUAGGUAUUUCAAUUUAAUUUGAUAGCUAUUUCAAUUCUCUAUCCAACUGUUUUUCAUUUUUUGAAAUCAAUUUAGUCGUUUCAGAGUAAUUAGCAGUUUUAUAUUCGUUUUAAGAAUCUGCAAACAAACUAUAAAUAUCUUUAUUUCAAGUAUUCAGAAUGUUCACCAUUCACUCCUCGACAAUUAUGAAGUCUGUUUACAAUUUUUUUACUACCUUGUGAAAUGUUCCUGGAGUAACAUAUGGUUGCAAGCUCCUCUUUUUCUAUUCACUAGUUAUGAAAUGAAUUGAAGUUUUGUAUCGAACAUCUAGAUGCUUCAUAUCAGGUGAUCUUGUGGGCUCUUCUGAGCUAUCACGUUUGCCUGUUUACGUUACACAACCACAGUGUACUCCAGAGCUAAUGGUUGGAAUAAGACGCACUCCUAACGAAAUUGCCCCAGAAACAUUACAUAAUGAACACGUAAACUUCAUUUUUGCCAGGAGUAAAUAGUGAUCAAUUUAAAGAUUGAUCAUGGUGUGUAGGCUUUCCUGGCCGGUGUCUAACAAAUUGUCCGAUGUUUCCGAGUUCAUUACCCAUGGUCUCCAGGUUUUCACACCUGACGUUUCGUCUGCUGUUGCGGAAGACAUCAAAGGCAAUGCGGCAACGGUCACUGCAUCACAGCAAAGAAGAUUGAAAGAAAAGUUGCUAGCGCCCUGUCGGCGACAGGUAAUGCUAACACUAUUGUUUUUCUUAUCAAAAAGUACUAAAAAUGAAAGUUUUUAAUGCAGAUUUUGUUUAACUUCGUUCCGUCCGUUCCUUUCAAAAGUUGAGAGGGUUGGGGACUAUUUACGGUCUCAUUGUAUGAAAUCAUAACAAUAUCUUUACAGGCAAACCAUUGUUAAGGUCAAUGUUUAACUUUUCGAAAAGAUACUACUAUACUACUUGUGUAGGUUAACUUUCGAAGAUUGGGCUUUGCAACAGAUCUCUGUCUGAAACCAUGAUUGGCAUGGAUGUACUGGGUCCGCGUUUCACUCAGAUACGUGUCUGUUACUGGGUAUUAUUUGUUGAAAAUAACCAGGUCCAGAUCUGUGGCAGAAUCCCAGAAAGAUUCCUCGAGUUUUAUGUUGUAAUGAUUUCACUACCAAAUAUUCCCUUUCCUCAUAAUUUCAUUGAAUUGUAUAUACUUCCAAACUUAUUGCAACUCAGAUCCGGUAAAUCAUUGUAUCAUUUAAAGCUUGUACAAUCAAGGCAUCUCUGCUUAUGAAAGCUGAGAUUCAGUAGCAUUGAGAUUCAACAUUCUUGCGUGUACAUUUCAAUUAUGUUUAGUGAAAGUUAUAUUCAAUAUUUACAAUAAUAAAUGUAGUUUCUCAUCAAUUUUUCAUAUUUCAAAGUGCAUGUUGUGAACAAUAUCUUUCAUACAAUUAUCUUUCGCAAAAUACUACUUGACUAGAGUUGGUAAUAUUUUCAAUUAUGAUCUGAAUUUUGAAGCUUAUUUCAAGCUUCUCAGAAGAUGUUUUCAAUCGUUUUGUCUGUUAUCGUUGAAUUCUAAUGUUUUCCUACACAUUCUAUUAUUAAUCUUCGAUACCUUAUGACAAUGUAAAUUGUCAUUGAUUAGUUUCCCUAGGAAAAUGAACACGUGAAAACAUGUCUUUUAUGAACUGGUAUGAAAGAUUAAUAAUCAAUCUGUAAUUGUUAUGAAUAGUUAUUACAUAGAAAGUAUUUUGAAAUUAUUCAGAACAUUUUCAUCAUGUCACUUCAAAAUGUAUUUCCCAAUUUUUUUGGGAUAAUAUUCACUUGUUUUUACACCUUUUGAAAUUAUUUCAGUAUUUCAUAUAUUGAAAUAUGGUAAUGAUGAAAAGUGCUUUAUUGAUAUCAGUAUCAUUCUAGUCUUUUAUAAAUUAUAAGUACUUUCUAGUCUCAAAUGAUUUUCUGGUCUAAGCAAUCUCUUUUAUAUAAUAAUUGAUUGUUAGUAUCUGAUGUAUUAUUAUCAUUACUAUUACUUAUUAUUGUUCUAAUCAUAUGAUGUAAUAUAAUUGAAUGAAUAGAA